AUGCUUCUCGCUCAUUCAACGCCAAUUCUAUUUUUGUCUGAUGAUUAUCGCACGUGCUUGAAUUCAGGGUUGAAUGAGCUCUCCAUGACAGCGGGAGCGGCUGGCCGCGUGGUGAGCAAACCACCGAAACAUUGGUCCACAAUUGCCCGCAUCACCUGCCGGUGCGUCUUGAUGAUGAGCGGCAUUGUCGUUGGACUUGGGUUUUGA